AUGGCUAUCGUCUGGUUGAUCCGCAGCUCACCCGCCCAAUUCCGUGGAUCUGGCACUUUCGAUACCCCUUACUUCUGGUAUGCUCCUGAGGACGUCAGCCGAGCUUACUGGUACCUGAACAACCUGCGUCGUAACCCCCGCGAACGACAAAGGGAAGGCACAAAAUCUUCCCAGCUAGCAAGGCCAAUGAGAACGGGUGCGGAUGCAGGCCUAUCAUCUCUCCACAACUCGGUAUCCGAAGGUGAAUGGGCUGGAAGGUUCCUGAGGAAGGACAUCGUCUCUAAGCAGGAGAAAAUACCGGAAAAGCAGAGCGAGCACACGGUCAGGCGGGGUGAAAAGAUAAACAGGUGGGGCGAGAAGACAGGCCAAUGGCGCAACAAAGCCGAGAUACGAAGCGAAGACAUAGCAGCCCAGCUCCUCCGCCUCCGAACCUGGUCCUACAACACCUACACCUUCUCCAACCCCACCGACGAAACCGAACUAGACAGACUAAUUUCCCUCGCCCGUCUCCACACCAAACCCACGACCAGGAACCUCGAUGUCUACAGUUCAGCUUGUAUGGACGUAGAGCUCUUCGUGUGGGCUGAAUCGCAUCCACAUAUUCUUGAUGAUCGCUUCAAAGAUACGUUUGCCGACUUCAAGCUACUUUUAAGUUGGCUUCAUGCCCGGGAUAUUGCGGUUGGAGACGACGAGGGGGUUGCGGGACGAAUGGAGGAGGCGGUGAUGGCUGUGGUUGCUGCUGAUAGGGGUGGGUAUAAUGGGAAGAAGGCGGAGGUUAAGGAGAUGGUGUAUAUGGCGGACCUUGGAAUGGGUGAGGGAUUGGCAGGGUGUUAG